GUUAACGGAAUUUGCAGUAACAGACAACAGUAUUCACUAUUUAGUAUUUACUUAUUAUAGUAUUUAGUUAUUACCUUAAUAGUAAUUAGUUGUUACCGACCACUGUUUAAAUUUUUUUUUUAAACUACAACACUACAUUUUAGAUUUCGGUUAUUGAGUGACAUUGUCUAAACCACGUUAACGCGUCGUUCACCAAGAAUCCACUAUAAUUGGGAUAAUCAAUCCAAGUAACAAUAAAGUAAUUCGAAGAUUUACUCAAAAUUACAAAUGAGUUCUGAAUUUGUUGAAGGAUGGAAAAUCGCUCAAACGUUAGGCGAAGGAACAUUUGGCGAAGUAAAACUGUUGAUAAACCAAAAUACUAAUGGCACUGUAGCUAUGAAAAUAAUUGAUUUAAAGAAUUUUCCUGAUGCAUUAAUGAUGGUAAAAAAAGAAGCAGCUAUACAUUCCCGAUUGAAGCAUUCAAGUAUUAUAAAAUAUUUUGGACAUCGUCAUAGCAAAGAUAAUUAUUAUAUAUUCUUAGAAUAUGCAUCAGGCGGUGAACUGUUUGAUCGAAUUGAACCAGACAUUGGAAUGCCUCACUCAGAAGCUAAGAAGUUUUUUAAAGAGUUACUUGAUGGAGUUGAAUAUUUACAUAAUAAUGGUAUUGCUCAUAGAGAUUUGAAACCAGAAAAUUUAUUAUUGGAUGAACAUGGGAAUUUAAAAAUAAGUGAUUUUGGAUUAGCGACUUUAUUUUUAUGUGGUGGAAAAAGACGUAAACUUGAAAAAAGAUGUGGAACACGGCCUUAUUUAGCUCCUGAAGUUCUUUCAGAGUUGCCUUAUCAAGCUGAACCUUCUGAUAUUUGGUCAUGUGGUAUUAUACUAGUUUCUAUGCUUGCUGGAGAGUUACCUUGGGAAAUGCCAUCGGCUGAUGAUGAAGAUUAUAAAUUAUGGAAGACUACUGAUUAUGCUAAUCAUUCACCAUGGUGCAAAUUAGAUACCUUGGCAUUGUCACUUGUAAGAAAAAUAUUAAUACCCACGCCAUCUAAAAGAUAUGAUAUAUCCAAAAUUCAAUCUCAUCAUUGGUUCAUUAAGUCAAAAACAAGCGAUAACAAGAAAGUGGGCAUUUCUGUUUUAUCCGAUAGAGGAUUUGAUGAUGCUCGUCCUUGUUAUUCUCAACCUGCUCCUGCAGCUGUUCCAUUUUCUAUAUCCAUUCCACCUAAUGAAUCUGAUAUACAUUCAUUUACCCAGCCUACUCAGGUUGAAGAUUUGUUGCUGUCAUCGCAAAUUCAGACAUCACAAACAGUAUCAACUACAUUAAACAAUUCUAUUCAGAAAUUAGUCAAAAGAAUGACGAGAUUUAUCGUUUGUUUAUCAUCUGACGAAGCAUUGGCUACUUUAUCACAGUUUCUCGAUGAUUUAGGUUAUACGUGUAAAAUCAAUACAUCUGGUUUGGUUACAAUCACCACUGCUGAUCAGCGUUUAGUGUUUAAAUCAAAUGUGAUUCCAAUGAACCAUCAGACACUCAUGGACUUCAGACUUUCAAGGGGUUGUGGUUUAGAAUUUAAAAGACAUUUCGUUGCAAUUAAAAAUGCAAUGUCAAAAUUGAUAUCCAAAGGUCCAAUGAUGUGGCCAGUCGCUAUGGCUACCAAUACAGUGCCAUAAGCUAUAAAUAUAUGUGUACCAUAUUUAAUUUAAUAUAGAAAAUAAUCAAGACUGAUGUAUUAAAGAUAAAUUAUUAAUUUAUGUUAUUUUGUAUAAAGUAGAUUAAUCUAUGUAAAAGUACUUUGUUUAAAACGAACGUGUAUGUAAGAACCUAGAUUUAUAUUUUGUCAAUUUUAUAUUUUAUAUAGAAUGCUACUGUGAUUAAUUAUGCUAAUUAACUACAAUGCAUCAGAAUGUAACGACAUACCAUGGUAUUGUGUGUGUUCAACUAAUAUUUUAUUUAUUUUAUAACCGACUAGGCGAUAGCCUUAAAAAAUAAUUAGAUUCUAUUCAAUUUGAAAUUUUAUUUUAUUUUAUACAUUAGAUUAUGAACAAUUGUCACAACAAAAUUUAGUUACAACUGUGAUUAUAUCAUACAACU